AGCGCCUGUUCUGUACAAUGUGACAACUGAUGCAUGUGUCAAAGAUUCUCCUUGGAAGCGUCCCAUACAGGGUUUGUGACCAUGUUUGUUGUGUAGAACGUCAUGCACAUAUCUGCAAGUCUGCAAUAUCUGCAAGGUAUUUUAUUUGGAAAGACACUGACACACAAAAGUAGUCCAUUUUAGAGUCGUGUUUCGAUGAAUCUUCCUUUAAAUUAUGAUGCAUUUUCCAAUGCUGAAAGUAGCAUAAUACAUCAGUAAAAUAAGACAUUCAACCAAGUGUCAAAUCACACAUUUUGGUUAUAUAGUGUUACUUGAAGUAGGGAUUAUGCUCUGCGCUGUGUACGUGCACAUACGUCCAAAAUAUAUGCAGACUCUGCGCUCUCUUCGUCGUUUCUCCAUCUGUUACAUGUUGGAAAGUUGCGGGCAUCCUGGAAGUCACCCACAUCUUAAACCUACUGGGCUUGACUACGAAACAAUGGCGAAAAGGACGAUCAAGAGACGAAUCUCAACUUCACCCUUUCGAGAGACAGAAGCGGGGCCAAUGAAUGCCACCAGUAAGCCGAUCAAGCGGGUGUCCAUUGAAGGGAACAUUGCUGUGGGGAAGUCCACAUUUGCAAGCCUUCUUCAGGGAGCAGGCCAGGACUGGGAGGUCAUCCCAGAGCCAGUCAGCAAAUGGCAAAAUGUCGAGGGCACAUCGCAGGUAAGCCAGGUCAGACUGCACCGGAGGAAUCUCCCAAAAUACACUUCCAGGAUACAGAGUGCCGUGAGUAACCUGUUGGAGAUGAUGUACGCGGACACUCCGCGCUGGUCCUACACAUUCCAGACCUUCAGCCUCCUGAGCCGCCUGCGUACCCAGCUCCAGCCCCCUCCUCCCCACCUGCUGCAUUCCACUGACACACCUGUACAGGUCUACGAACGCUCUGUUUACUGCGACAGGUAUAUUUUUGCGCUGACCAUGUUUGAGCUGGGCUGCAUCAACGCUACAGAGUGGGCGGUCUACCAGGACUGGCACUCCUUCCUGCUGCAGCAGUUUGGUACUCUCCUGCAGCUGGAGGGCGUCAUCUACCUCAGAGCAUCACCAGAGACAUGUAUGGCACGGUUAGGGAAGAGGAAUCGAGAGGAGGAGAGAGGGGUGCAGCUGGAUUACUUACAGAAACUCCACGCGCAACAUGAGCGCUGGCUAAUAGACAAGACUACUGUGCUUCACUCUGAGGACCUGAAGCAGCUCCCAGUGUUGGUGCUGGACGCAGGGGUGGAGUUUGAGAAAGACCCAAAAGCACAGCAGGCAUUGAUAACACAGGUGAAGGAAUUCUUCAGAUCGUUAUGAAGAAGACGCUUCAACUCAUCUCCACCCAACUCACCACCAGUGGUCAAGGAAAACAUGUCCAUUUAACUACAUUAAAAUCAGUAAACAUUGUUACAUGUGAUGGAGGUGUUCCCACACAGUUCGUCUCCCUCGGGGCCGCGGACCUGCUACCUCGUCAACUACACCGGUUCGGGAAUGAAAGGCACAGUACGAGACCGCGGAGCUUAAGGGCUGGACCGAUAGCCCAACGCUACCGCACUGUAUUGAGGCUUCAGGAGGGAGGUUUACUAACGUUCCACGCCACACUCUGCUAGUUGGCCUCCGUUACAUGCACAUAGAGUGUGUUUACUUUACCCUGCACCAGGCUACUGGCAAGUCAUAAUGUUACAGUUUCAGUCAAAAGUGUGUCAGCUGACCUGUUCUUUUUUAUAUUUAUAUAUAUAGAAUAAUGUAUGUUCAUCUUUGAUACCUCAUCCAAUGUUUGUCAGUUACUCCUUGAUUGUAAUAUACAAAUUCCAUAAAUAAAUAUUGCUUUAUUUAUUUCAGGUAAAA